AUGUCGCAGACAAAAACAUACACAUACACACAGAGCAUAGAGCUCGAGCGCGUCCGCCCAGCCUACGCGGGCGGACGCGACAAGCAGCGUAACAGCGACCCCGACCUGUUUGGGGGACGCGACAAGCAGCGCAACAGCGAUCCAGACCUGUUUGGCGGCCGCGGUGAACCGACCGUCGGUGCCAGCCUGCCGCAAACACCGGGAAUCUCGCAGGAGGACCUCGCACUGCACAACCUCGACGCAGUGUUGGGAGACGGGGAUGGCGGGGAACGCGUCACGCCAGUCCUUCACCCGCCCGACAAGGGGCGACAUGCGUGGCAGUUCCUAGCCGCAGCCACACUCGUCGAGACCUGGGUCUGGGGCUUGCCUUACACGGUCGGUGUCUUGCAUGCGUAUUGGCACACCCACAUGUUCCCAGAGGACGAGAGUACACUCACUCUCGCAGCCACACUCCAGACCGGUUUGAUGUUUAUGAGCACGGCACUGCUAGGCCCGCUGUUCACGACGUUCCCGCGCCAGCGGCGGUUGAUCCAGGCUGUCGGGCUGCUCGUUGCGUCCGCUUCCAUCAUCGCAGCCGGCUUUGUGACCAAGGCGUCCCACCUCGUCGCAACCAUCGGGUGCCUCUACCCUUUCGCAGGCGCACUUUACCUCCCCUGCGCGACGAUCAUGUACGAGUGGUUCAUCGAGCGGCGUGGGUUGGCUUCGGGCAUCCUCUUCGCAGGCACUGGUGUUGGCGGUACAAUCUUCCCCCUUGUGGUGAGCGGCCUCCUCAACCGCUUCGGAUACCGGGCUGCAAUGGUGUCGCUCGGCCUCGCAUUCUUCAUCAUGAACGCCAUUGCACUCAUGUUUAUUAAGCGCCGUGUGCCGCUCCCAGCCCGAGGGGCAACGCAUGCCCUCCCGCGCCCCAGUUUUGAGUGGGGCGUACUCAAGACGAGCGCGUUCUGGGUCGGCAUGGCCGCACUUCUCCUCACAAGUCUCGGGAACUUUAACCCCACCCUCUGGAUUCCCACCUUCGCCGAGACGGUCGGAGCAAAGAGGCCCGACGGCACCGCCCUCGUGGCCAUCAUGAAUGCCGUGUCGGUGCCCUCCAACAUCCUCAUGGGGUGGAUCUCGGACCGCGCCCCAGGUCGUGUAACAAUCUUGGGCAAUUGCUUACUUGCUUCGCUCUCCGUCUUUAUUCUCUGGGGCCUUGGCACGAGCUCGGGCGUCCUCGUCGCAUUUAGCGUCUUGUGGGGAUUUAGCGCACUGAGUUUUGUCUCGCUCUGGUCCAAGCUGAUCACGCGGACAUGCAAGGACCGUGGCCCACAUAUGAACACAUACAUUUUCUCGCUGUAUGCCGUUUUGCGCGGCGUGGGUAACCUCACAUCCGGCCCGAUCUCUACCAAACUCCUUCGCACGGGUGUGUUCCGCGGCGCAGCUGGUGCGUACGGCAACACAAACUUUGGCGCCGUGCUAGUGUACACUGGAGUGACAAUCAUGUGUGGCGGAUUUGUCGGAAUCUUCUUCCCCAGUUAA